AUGUCUACUAGUAACAUCAAUGUUGAAGGUCGGGAUCGUGAUACUAGAUUACACGAAACAAUAAGACUUACUAUUGAAUCUCAAGAAGCAAUGCUCCGUAAACUUUCAGAAUUGGAAGCAAAUAAUGAUCAACACCAUAUAGUACUAGCAAGUAAUGAAGCAAAAGACAAAUUGGUUAUGGUCAGCCCUGCAAGUGACCAGAAUCCUAGUGUCCAGCUUCAUGAAGAUGACAAAAAGGAUCACGUUAAAGAAGACGUAAAUAAGCUCGUCAGAAGCCCAUCAUUGAAUAAUCGUACUGAAAGGCAAGAGAAUAAUAAACAGGUGAGUCGGGAAAACAUUUUGGAUGGAUACGAGCUGCUAUUCGAUGCAGCAGCAAAAGGUGACUGGCUAAAGGCUAACGAAUUUUUUAAGACUAAUCCAACAGCGAUGAGCCAAGUGAUCACAGUUCAAUCACAGACACCAUUGCAUAUAGCUGUUAUUAAUAGGCAGUGGAUGUUCGUGGAGGAGAUUUUGAAAGUCAUGCCACCGGAAGCCCUUGAACUGAAAGAAAGAUACUACCAGAAUACAGCACUUCACCAAGCCGUCUGGGAUGGAAACACUAAAGCUGCUGAGAUGAUGUACCACUCCUACUAG